AGAGCAUAUAUUAUUACAGAAUUUAGAUCAGGAAAAAACCCUUGAUCUAUGUAUUAUAUGAAUCAUCAACCUCCGAUUUCCAGCUGAAAUUCAUCGACCAUGGCGCUACAUUCAUCCGAAAGCCUCGCCGGUGGAGAAUCAGUAAUCAGAGUUCAAAACUUAGUCGAAGCACAGCCGUCUCAGGUCCCGCCCCAAUACAUCCAGCCGCCGCAUCACCGUCCUUCUGCCACUAGCACUUCCACCGAUCUCAGAAUUCCGGUGAUCGACCUUUUCGGAUUCGAUUCGGACCACAGAGACGCCGUUCGAGCCGCCGUUGGGCGAGCAUCCAGCGAAUGGGGAGCUUUUCAUGUCAUCAACCAUGGAAUUCCUUCAUCGUUGUUGACGCAGAUGAGGACUGCGGCUCUCUCUUUCUUUAGAGACUGUCCCGUCUCUGAUAAGCUCGCAUACGCUUGCGAUCCUAAAUCCUUUGCUUCCGAGGGUUAUGGCACACAAAUGCUCGUCGAUAAAGAAGUCGACUCGCAGGAUUCGGCGCUUGAUUGGAGAGAUUAUUUCGAUCACCAUACGCUACCGCUUUCACGCCGCAAUCUUUCUAAUUGGCCUUACUUUCCUUCCGGUUACAGGGAGCUUAUGGCUCAGUACAGCGAUUGUAUGAAAUUGCUUGCUCAGCGGCUCCUAGCCGUUAUCUCUGAAAGUAUGGGGCUGCCUUCGUCGUGGAUGGAGGACGCCAUCACUGGGAUGGGUGGGGAAGAAAAUUUUUAUCAGAAUAUUACUGUCAGUUAUUAUCCUCCAUGUCCUCAGCCUGGCUUGACGCUUGGUCUGCAAACCCAUUCCGACAUUGGCGCCAUCACUCUACUAAUACAAGAUGAUGUUGAGGGCCUUCAGGUUCUCAGCGGGCAAGGAGAUUGGGUCACUGUUCAGCCUCUCUCUCCUGAUGCCAUUGUCGUCAUUUUGGCCGACCAAACUGAGAUUUUAACUAAUGGAAAGUGCAAGAGUGCGGAGCAUAGAGUGACUACAAACUCUAGCAGGGCAAGACUCUCGAUCUCUGCUUUUCAUGAUCCACCGAAGUCAGUGAAAAUAUCUCCGGCUGCAGAGCUUGUCAGUGAGUCUUCCCCCCUUAGAUACCGCGAAGUUAUUUUUGGAGAUUAUACAUCAUCAUGGUACUCAAACGGCCCUCAAGGAAGAAGAAAUCUGGAUGCAAUCAAGCUUCACAACUAGCUUGAUUUGUGGAGCUCAAUAUGUUAGCAGGGAAUCACAUGCCUCAUAAAAGUGCAAGAUCAUCCUCCCUUGUUGACAAGGCAAGUUUUUUCUUUGCAGCUUCUUUAAGUUCUCCUAAACAAGGUUUGAAGAUCAGUUGACAAUGGAGAGAAGAAUAAGAUUCUUUGCAUCUUCCUCAACUCAAGAUUCUUACCAAUCCAUAUCCAUAUGGUACAAUCUCAAAUCAAAUGAAACAUUGAUUACGUAUGAACUUGUUCGAUAUCGAUGGCUGCAUGUAGAAGAAUGGUUCUCAACUACUCGAAAAAGAAAGAUACACAGCAUUUGAUGUCGAAUGUAGUUCUUGAAAGGUCUGAACUUUGAAGACUCUAGGUCAACUUCAUCACCACAGUAGAUUGAUUACGAAACACAUUUUAGUUAUAUUUCGAAAAUGGCAUGUUGUUUUGUUUCC